AUUUAGUGCAAUUGAAAAAAUAAAUUAUUUCAUAAGUUGACUUGCUUUCUUCAAGUAAAAGCAUCAAUAUGAUGAACCUGUAUAUAUUUUUAACAAUAAUUGCGUCUACUCAAGCAAUUUCAGGAGGGACGGACACUGACAUCAACCUCUACAAAUCCCAACUAUCGUUGAGAUAUAAAGAUAUCCAUUUUUGUGGCGCGUCUUUGAUAAACCAAAAUUGGGCUCUUACAGCUGCAAGUUGUCUUGACGUUCAUUCUACCGACUUAUCAGUACAAGGGGGUACGACAAAUUUUGCAUCAAAUUCAGGUGUUAAAGUGAAUGUUGAAUCUUUUAUAAUACAUCCAAAUUACCAUAGACAAACUCACGAAGAUGACAUAGCUCUACUUCAUUUUACUACAAGCAUUCAAUUAAAUGAUAAUUUACGUCCAGCAAUGUUGCCUUUUGAAGAUAUUAGUGAUGUUACAGUAAACGCAGAGGUGGCUUUGAUUGGUUGGGGCGCAAUGGAACCAGAUGGGAGCUAUUCCGAUGUAUUACAGAGGGGUGAAGUUUCGGCGGUUUCCAGAAGUGAAUGUUUUCUAGAUUUUCCAAAUAUUACGUUAUAUAUGUUUUGCGCUGGUAUUUCAAACUUAGAACAUAUCAGCGCUUGCGCAGGGGAUUUCGGCGGUCAAGCCAUCGUAGAUAAUUGUUUGAAAGGUAUUAUUCUAUGGUCCGAUUCAUGCGGGAAAAGUCCUACUGUUAUGACUCAAAUAUCUACCUAUAAAAAAUGGAUUUUAAGUGCUAGUAAUAUAACUGAUUAUGAAAUAUGUCCUCUGUCCUAAUAAAAUGAAUCAUUUUUUGGAAUAAAAUCGCAAUAAAUACUUCAAAUUUCGUAUAUACUUAAUUCUUUCAUGAAUCUAUAGCGACCAUAGAUAAAUUAUAAAGCGUAGUUCGAUUUAAUGUUACAGAAAUCGUAGUGACACCGCACCGCUCGGCUAACGUCAUAAAACAAUUUAUAGAUUCUUCUUUUUUAUUUUUUCAACUGCUGUUGAUUCAAUUAUUGUUAAGUCAAUUUUCUAGGUUACGUUCGUUAAUUGACUACAUAAUUACAAAUUUGAAAUGUAGCUUACAAUUUCGGAACUAUAUUAAAUAACUGUUCAAGACAAAUACAUCGAAAAGAAUAUUCAAGGUCGUCUUGCCGGUUAGCUUUGGUAUUUUCACAGCAUAUUCUGGGUGACGUCAAGAUACCGGAGACGAGCUAUCGACUGAUAAUGACGUCAAAGCGUCGGUUGCCGUAGCAACGGCGCUUUUCUCUGGAGUUUUCACUAGAAAUCCAAUCUGACCUAGACUUUGAAAUAACAUUAUCGCGCUGUGAUUGGAAAACGUUAACAUCGCUUGGAAUAAACUUAGGGUGAAAGCUAAUUAAAAGACGUUGAUGGGUUGAUACGUCAUUAUCCCAAAUUUCUAGCGUGUCACUUUCGGAUUAAACAUGUCGUAUGUUAUAUUUUCUGAGAUAAAUUCUGUUUAAUAUAUUGAGAACUCGUUAAAGGGAUAAGUUGACAAUACGAAAACAGCGCUUCUAGCAGCAACAGCAGCUUCGCAAGGGCAAACAUGUGUCUGCGUGACGUCAAUACCGCCGAUGACGUACGCAUCUUCAACAGGUAUUAUCCGUCGCCAUGGCAACCCCCUCGAGCGAUCUAUAACCGAAUACAUCGUUGUCAAAUUUAUUUUUAAUUUUCAACUGUUGAGAAAUAAUUCGAGGAGGUAUUAUUUCUAGAUUUAUAUUGACAGGUGACAGUUUGUUUUAUUUUGAAAUUGGACGUUUUCAUAAUAAAUAAAUUUAAUUGUUUAUUCA